AUGAUACGUGACAUUAUGUGUAAUCCAACCAGUAUAAUCGAAUAUUCUCAACAUAAAUUAGUGUAUCACAUUGAAGUGUUGAAAAAUCAAUUGACGAGAUAUGUGAUCCUCAUGGAGCUUCGUAUGAUCUUGAAACUAAGUAUUGCUGAACACAUCUUAUUUCUACUUUGUAAUGACUGCAUUCUACACAUCGUUGAAGAAUGUUUAUUGGUAAGAUAA